AUGGAUUCCGGGGUUGCCGACCAGGCUCCUGAGACAUCUGUGAAGCAAGAACCCGGGGAUAAUGAAGCCGAGCAAAAACCGGAGGCAAGAAUUCAACUGAUCUCUGAUCCGGCAUUUGCUGAGGUGCAAAGCUUUUUCAAUUCAUUCGGAACUAUGAUGAAUAUGAAGCCUAUGACUUUCGAAAAACUCGAGCAGAAUUUCUUGUCAAAUGAAGUCGAUGGCUCGAUUAAUCACGAUCUGAUAGAGCUUCAUUUAUCGUUGAUGCGUCGCGUUCGUUACACCGGAGUUCGAGCGGACAACUUUGAGAAAUUCCUUUCUAAAUUUUGCCAAAACAUUGAUUCUUUGGAAUCGGAGCAUUUGCAGCUAACACGGUAUGGAUAUGCUAAUUUGUCCGUCUCCAGCCGCUUGGCGAUUCUGGUUGCACUUUGCGUAGCUCAGUUUGAAUACAACACAAAACUGCGUGAACUGAUGACCACAACGUUCAAAGCGCACGAUCUGCAUCUAAUUCCGCUGGGCAUCGACAAAAAUGGCCUGGCCUAUCGAUACCAACAAGACUCCAAAUUAAAUGUUCGCAUCUACACCGAAGAGCUAGAAGAUCGGAGUGGUAUCACAUGGUCACUGGUCGUUGAAACGCCUGAGCAGUUGGAAGAAUUGACGGAAAGACUUAAAAAUGAGGAUCUCGGAUAUAAGAAGAAGGAAGUCGAAAAAGAAAAGAAUAAGCUGAAGACCCAUGAUGAUGCUGGGAAUCUAAUCGUUUGGCUGAAGAACAAAGGCACUUUUGUGGACCGAUUCCUUGAUGAUCAUGCUAUCAAAGCUAAAAAACAACUUCGGCAAACAGAGAAGGAGGAUCGACGUCGCAAACGGGAGGGUGCCACCGAAAAGCCAAAAUAUGACGAGACAGAGGAGGAAGAAGAAGAAGAGGAACAGGAAGCACAGGAAGAGGAAAAGCCUGAGGAAGACACUGGGCUCCGACGUCGCCCCGUUAGAGCUGCUGCAUUGAAUACCAUGAACCGGAUGAGCAAAAUUAUCAAGCAACAGAAGCCAAAGACUGUGAAAGCUGAAAAGGCGCCAGAGCCAGAGGAAGAGGAGGACGAAGAAGAAGAUGAAGAACCGGAAGGUUCAGAUGAAGAUGACGAAUUCAAAGUCAGCACGAAGGGAAAGGGCACCGGCAUCAAGAGGAAGCGUAAACCGAAACCGGAUGCGGCUUCCGACUCUGAAAGCGAUGAAGAGGAAGAGGUUGUCAAGGAGCGGAAAGUCGCCACGCAAGAUUCUAAUUGCAAGAAAUGUGUGAAAAGUGAUCGUUGGGAAGUGCUACUUCUCUGUGAUAAUUGUGAUGACGCUUGGCAUACUGACUGUUUGAAGCCGCCUCUUUGGUACGUGCCGGAUGGCGAUUGGUUCUGCCCGAAAUGUCUACAUGGAAUGCUGGUCGAACGACUCGAGCUAGUCAAUGCAGAAAGGCAAAAGGCGCUCGCAGCCAUGAAGCUUGACGCCAAAAAGCAAACCGAACAAGAUCGCAUGCGGCGUGAGAUGGAAUAUAUUGGUCUAUCAGUCAACCUCCUACCGGUUGUAACGGCAAACAGUUCAUCCGAUGAAGACGUUGAAGAAAAUCCGAAUCUGCGCAAGAGCAAGAGACGUGCCAUCAAGAAGAUUUCAGCCCCACGGAUUCGAUCGAACUUCGAUCGGGCUGUCCUGGCUACAAUUCGUGAGGGGCGCACGAGAAGAUCUGUUCCAAAAAUCGACUACAGUUUCAAAGAGUAUGAAAAUAUGAUCAAGGAAGCGGUUGAAGUGGAUAAUAUAGAUAAAGACGAGGAAGGAGAGGCGGAUCCAUCAGAUUCUCGACCUACUGGCGGACGUGGCGAGAAGGACAUGAGCACGAUAAUGAAGGCUGAAGCGAAAGAAGAAGGAGAAGAUGGAGAAGAUAAUGCCGAAGGCAGCAAUGACGGAGAGCCCGAGAGCAGAGUUGGUCGACCAGCUGUAUCGGCCAAACAAAAGAAGGGAAAGAAGAGGCUCAAUGAUUUGGACUCGGAUCAAGAAGCCAGUGAGGGUAGUGAAUACCAAGAAAGCGAGAACUCUGAGGUGGAGGAAAAUGACUUGGCUUCUGGUUCCGAUUAUGUACCUUCGGAUAUGGAGGGCACAAGGAGACGUAGAAGUGCGAGGCAAAAGGCCAGAGGACCGACAAGGAGUGAUGAAGAGUUUGUCGUCAGUGAAUCUGAUGGAAGUGAUCUCGGCUAUCGUGGAAGACGCGAAAAGGAGAAAAAGAAACGUAGAAAGCGUGGCAAAAUCUACGAUAGUCUUUCGGAAGAACAAGAAGAUAGCGAAUGGUCAGAUGACUCUACGAAGAAGAAGAAACAAAAGUUGGCCAAGAAGGGGAAAGCGGAUCGCUCCUCUCGUUCAAAGCGAGGAAGAUAUGACUCAGCUGAGGAGUCAGAAGAGGAAGAAGAGGAGGAGGAGCAAUCAGAGAAUAGCGAAGUUGAGCGAACGAAGACCGGAAGGAAAAUGCGCAAGGCAGCUGCUCAGGCCACUAAAAAGGCGAAGGUCAUCGAAGAAGAAGAGGACGAAGAUGAGGAGCAAAAUUCGGAUGAGCCUGAAGAAGAAGCGCCAAAGAAAGCCGCAAAGGACCGCAAGAAAAAGACCCAAUCUGACGACGAAUUCACGCCAGAAGAGGAGGAAGAGGACGCUGAUGAAGAUGAUGAGGAAGAAGAUGAGGCGCAGGCUGAUGAAGAAAAGGAGGACGAUGGUAGCGAGGAUAGCAAUGAGCCGCCAGCGAAGAAACAGAAGCCUGAGACUUCGAAGCCCGUAUCAGACAAUCAGCGGAGAGCCCCACCUCCAAAAGCUGGGUUGAAUAAGCCGACGGCUGUGGCUGCUAGGACCCUGGUGAAAGAGGAACCUGAGGAGGACAAACAAGAGGAGGAACAGCCAAAAGAAAAAACCAAAGCCAAGCCUUCCCCGAGUAAGAAGACGCCGACGAAAGUGGUGAAAGAAGAGCCCGCGAAAACGCCGACUCCACCACCGGCUAAACCGGUAGAGACCAAACCAAUCGUUGUGAAGACUGAAAAAUCGGCAACACCUCCUAAGAGCGCAGCCCCACCAUCAAAACCAGGUGCUCUGCCGCAGAACCCAUACGGGCCACCCGGUGGGCAUCACCCUUCAAUGGCACCACCACCAUAUUACAAUGAACAGCGCCAGCCUUACCCGCCGCAAAUGGGAAUGUCAACGUAUAGUCAGUACAGUGGUCCCCCUCCGCCUGGCUACUACCCACCGCCAGGCGGUCAAUCACCCUACCUACCGUACGGUCCACCCUCUACUACCUAUAGUGCCAUGCCACAACAAUCGUCGCCUUACGCGCCACAAGGACAACCUCCUCAAACAUCUCCGCCCGUGCAAGCGAUCAGUACCGCCCCACCAGCUACAGAUGAAGCAAGUCUCGGAGGUGCUCUAGCAAGUGCGAUGGGCAAUGAAUUC